AUGGCAGAUCCUGUCUACCCUCCAUCAAAGCCCAAAGGCGCAGCCGCCGUUAAACCAACACCACCACCGACUAACAAACCCCAACUCUACAACCCUAAUCUCAAUCGCCACCCUUACCGCCCCAACCCUAACAUAUAUCACCGCAAUCGCCGUCGAAGCUACUUCUGCCUAUGCUGUUUCUGGUCAAUCUUAAUCAUAAUCCUCCUCCUCCUCCUCGCCACCAUCACAGGCUGCAUCCUGUACCUCCUUUACCGGCCCCAUCGUCCAACAUUCUCAAUCACAGCACUCAAAAUCUCCCAGUUCAACCUCACCACCACCUCCGACGACACAACCCGCCUCACAUCCAACCUCAAUCUUACCCUUUCCACCAAAAACCCAAAUAAGAAAGUAGUGUUUUACUACGAUCCAAUCACCAUCACAUGCUUAUCAGAGGAAACCCAAAUCGCGAAUGGGUCCUUUACUAAUUCGUUAGUCAGUAAUCCCAAUAACAUCACCAUCAUACGCUCAUCAUUGUACAGUAACUCUCUGCUUCUGGAAUCGACUAUAGUGAAUCAGAUCAGAUCAGAUCUGAAGAAGAAAUCUAGAUUGUCAUUGAAGAUAUUACUUGAUACUGAAGCUAGAGUGAAGAUCGAAUCGAUUAGAACCAAAAAAGUUGGGAUUCGAAUUGAAUGCGAAGGAAUUCAUAGCCUCGUUCCAAACGGUGGUGGCGGUAAGUCUAAAAAUUCAUCAACUUCGGUGGCUGCUACUGUUUCUGAUGCUAAAUGCAAGGUGGAUCUACGGAUCAAGAUCUGGAAAUGGACUUUUUCAAGUUAG